AUGUUGUCUAAUGAGAAUGAUUCAAAUUACUUCUUUUUCGAUCAGAUUAAACCAUUAAAACAAGAUCGAAACUUCGCAAUUAAACACUACGUUGAAUAUGAAACUUAUACUGUUCAGAAUAAUUUAUCAACGGUUAAAGAAUUAAAAUCAUACUCCCAAAACGUUAACGAUUCAGCAGUAGCAGCGAGAAAGAAACAGACAUCAGCAGACAUUAGUUCAAAUCUCAAUAAUUAUAGCAAUAAUAGUAAUACUUCAACUAUAAUGACAAAAAUCUGUCCCCCUACAAGACGUUUAACAGAUGAUAAGUCAAUUUCAAAACAAAUAAAUUAUUAUACUUGGGUUGAACAUAGUGAACAGAUAGUACGUGAUCUUUCAAGGCUGUUACAUAAUCAAAAUGUGAAGGCGAUAAAACGUCCCAGGAUAUUAGAUUAUCGUUUAGAUGCAACAUGGGAGGAGUUAAUUGCAACAACAGAUGAUGAAAUGCCAAGGGAUUGGCAAGUGCCUACAAUUAAAAAUGCUUUUGAUUUGUGGAUUCAGGAAAAUCCUCCUGAGGUUAAUGCCUCUGGAAUGAAAUGUGAGACAAUGAAAAAGAUGAAUUAUUUGUAUGGCUUUGAAAAUGCUAACUUUCAUACACCAUCACCACGUAGUUCACUCUUCCGAAGAAGAUCAAGCAAAUCAAGUAUAACGAAUUUCGAAAAUAAAAACAGUUCACAAAAAUCAAAUGAUGAGAAGGCUAAUGAAUUUCAACGGACUUCACGACAAAUGACUACUGCAAAGAAGGCCCAUAAAGACUUGUCACCACCGAAAAUCCUAUUGGAUAGUAUUCCUCCAGAAUCUUCAUAUGUAGCAAAGAAAGUGGACAGUAUAAAAGAUACUCAAAAAAAUUCUUCAUCUGAUAAAGAAAAUGAAUCUAAUUCAACCGUUGGUAGAUCAUCAAAAGUUAAAGUUCCAACUUCUAAUCGUUUACUGGUUUCUAGUAAACGACUCCUAUCUUCAGCUGGGGAACGCAAAGCAGAGAGCCGCAUUAAUGGGCCGUUCACUAUUCAGUUUAUUAUGAGUUCACCUGCAUGUGUAGAAAAAGGUUGGACAAAUGAGAAUAUAUUAGUCAGUUUUAUGAAUACAAUGGAGUGGACUCAUUCACGUUUAACAAAUGCAAUGAAAAAGAAUAAAGCAGAUUAUUAUUACGAAGAACUUCAGAGUGUUCACUACUGCCAGCCACAAUAUAUCACUUAUUCAAGCUUGCUAGGUGUAAAAAGGCUAAAGCUUUUAUCGCUAACUCAUUUAACUUCAAUUAAUGAUCCAACACUGACCAAUCAUGUUAAUAAAUGUACGACUGACAAAACAAUAUCAGUAGGCAGUGAUGUUUUUGUUGAAAAUAAAGUCAAACUAUUGUUUAAAUUUGGUUUUGAUAAAGUUAAAGAAGAGAGGUUACCAGCUAUGAAAAUAUAUCAAAUUAUGUCCAACACAUCAGUACCUAGUUUGACUUCAAUCCAACCUUACAGAAGUUUACUUAUGGAGGAAUUUGAACGACACGUCAUGGAUAAUAUGACACUACUGACGAUAGCAAAUCUCAGUGUUAUUAAACAAAUUGAAAUGAUCUCUAGGAAUAUUGUUAAACUGAAUGAUAGGAAAGAUGUGAAUAACAAUUCAGAAGUUAUAUUAAAGUUAUGUAUGAAGAAAAUGGCCAGUGUUUUACAAUCACAACGAAAAUCAAUGAAGCAGAUUGAAAAUACAAAAGUGGAACAAUCACAUCCAUGGUUUUCAUAUUCUUCAGAUGGAACACUUACAGUCAGAUAUCCUUGUGGUUCACCAGCGAUUAUAUGGUCAUCAAGUCCUCUAUUGUAUCACCCGUCAUGCAGAAAUAUUCACAGUCAUGAUUCAUCAUCAGUGAAUCGAGUUAAAGCAAGUGAUACUAAAAUAAAGAAUAUUAAAGAGACUAAUCCGUUAGUUUUUACACAAAGAUCGAAUACAAAUAUCUCCAGUAUUCACAGUGGUGGUGGCAGUACAAACUUGCUGAUUAAACAAAAGAUGACUUCAAAACGUGAGAAUGGUAAACAACGUACAGGGUUUUACUUAACACUUUUUGAUAUUCCAUUGAAUGAGGAAGGUAGAAAAAUAGACGGUAAUAGUCACAAAUUUGAUCCACAGUUCCCUACAUCUUCAAAUCUGGGUCAUGAUCUAAUGUCAACUAGUGAAAAGGAGAGUAAUUUGAAUCUGGAUUCUAUUCGAAGAUCUAGAAAUGCCAUAAGAAGACCGAAUUCUAUACGUGACAAUGACAGACAGUCACACAAUGAAGAUAUAUACACAGAAAAUUUAGCUACUGGCCCUCUAAUUGGUCAGUUCACACCAGCUGGUGAAGGCGUAAUCUAUUAUCCAUAUAACAGUGGUGUAACAACAACGACCCCAAUGAAAUCAAACAGUGAUAACAGAACAAAACGUCCACCGAUAAACAUUCACGCUAUAUUCACAAAAGAUUAUUGCUAUGUAUUCAAUAAGUCUACGGGGGAUUUAGACUAUCAGUUUCCACGUGUUUCAAACAAAACUCUGCAUGAUCCAACAACACGCUUCCCAAUAUCAUUAGAUAUAAGCUUUAAUCAAUAUGUCAGAUGUAUUUAUGCAAAUUGUAAUGAUUUAACAGUAAUAUUUAAUACUCAAAAUAAUAUACUACUGAAUAUUGAUUGUUUUCAAAAUCUUUACACAUUUGAAGACGAAAGUGACGGUGAAGUAUUGACGCCUACAGAGGAUGGUGGAUUAAAACAGUCUCACCAUGUCUUAUCAAAACAUCCAUUUCUGAGUUCCAUUGUGGACGCUUCAAGUCAAAAUAAACAGUUAUUAACAAGUAGACGACGUAAAGAAGAAGGUUUACAAAAGAUAUUUAAGCAAAUCCCACCAAUUGGUGAUUUACAGACUCUUGCAAGUCAUUUACAGAAAUCUAGGAAACGAAUCAGCUUUCUUUGUGAUCAGUGGCUGCAGAUAAUACGUUUUAGUUUGGGCCUUCAGCGAUAUCGUAUGCCAUCACCUACAAGUUCACGUCAUCAAAGUGUUGAUUAUAUUACAAAAAGAUUUAAAACAUUCACAAAUAUGUCAGAUUCUUUUCAAAACAAUGAUGACAAUGAUUCAAAACCACCCAACAAAAGUAAUACACUAAAUGUCAGUGAUCAAUUAAAUACUGGAAAAAAGCCAAUAAAAUCGAUAGACUUUCACUCUGAAAGAAAUGAUAAUAGACGUGAUAAAAUUCAUAGAAAUGAACUGAGCAAGAAAUCGACAGUAGAAAAGAAUGACAAGCUUUCAGAAGAAGAACUACCGGUUGUUGAGCCGACACUCAUCCGGUCGUUAACCACUGGACACAAUCAGAGGUAUACAGUGGACACGAGUUAUUCAAUUGAAAAGGAAGCAAACAUUUUUCCAGUCGCCUGCCCAGUACUACUUCGACUGUGGUUAGAUGAAAUAAAGAAGGAUAAAUAUUUUAAAUAUUUGAAAAAAACUGAACAAAUUAUCAAUAAGAUCCCAUUGGAAUCCAGUUGUUGCCUGGAUAAUGAUUCAAAGCUAUUGACAAAAGCAUUUAUGGAAGUUUUGUAUACACCGUCAAAAUUUGGUGAUAGUCUGUUAUCAAAUUUGGCGAAAAUAUCUAGUAAAGGUUGUCGUUGUAGUCGACAAAUACCACCAGAUAUAACAGAUUUAGAAUUUGAAUUAUUCUUGAGUAAACUGUUACCAUCAUAUCAAGCUGCAGUGAUUAUGGUGUAUGAUUCCCGAUUACUUGAUGCGAUGACAGUGGGAACAUGUAGCCUCCUACGCCAGUUAUAUAUAAGGCAACAGUAUACUAUACCAACUCUACAGCAUAUAUUCCCUGGUAAAAGCCAUACACAAAGUGCACGUGCCAAUAUACCAAAAAGGUUGUACAGUGGAUGGAAAGUUACAGGUACUGGAGCCUGUGCAUCAGUGUCUACAAAAGCUGCAGAUUACCGGUUUAUGUGUUAUAAUCUAGCUCAAAAUAUGAAUAUUAAUGAAGAAGAAAUCUCUUAUCAUGGAGAGCAACCACUACUGUUAAGAAGAUAUUAUGAACGACCAAGACCUGGUGAUUGUCUAAUAUUUAUUAAAGAGAAACUCUGUUUUAUUGGUUCAUCGUUUACAGGCUAUGAAGAAUUACCGUGGACUAAAGAACAGUUGGACAGAAAAGUGAUUGAAUGCAGAAACCAGUUGAUUUCUCAUGGGUUCUUUUUACCACCUAAUUUUCAUUUAGUUUAA